AGAACCUAAAUUGGUAAUAAAUCAAUAAGAAACAAAUGUUUACAUUCACUCAGUGAAAAGUGUCAUGUCUAAGCUCAACAUAUAUCGGAGCCACACGUGGACACCUCUCCUUCCUCCACUAAGAGCAGAAAAUGAACAAAUCCCAGGAACAAGUGUCAUUCACGGAUGUAUGUGUCGACUUCAACCAGGAAGAGUGGUCUCUUCUGGACCCUGCUCAGAAGAUAUUAUACAGAGAUGUGAUCCUGGAAAAUUACAGCAACCUUGUCUCAGUAGGGCAUUGUGUUACUAAGCCAGAAGUGAUCUUCAAGAUAGAGCAAGGAGAAGAGCCCUGGAUCUUAGAGAAAGGAUUCCCAAGGCAGUGCUACCCAGAAAGGAAAUGGAAAGUUGAUGACCUGCUAGAGAGCAGCCAGGAAAAUCAAGAUGAACAUUUUUGGGAGCAUAUAUUCACCAACAAGAAGAUAGUAAGUGUAGAAAGUGGUGAUAGAGAAAGGAAAACUUUUGAUCUCGGCACAGACCCUGUUUCUUCGAGAAAUUUUCCCUAUAAAAUAUGUGACUCAUGUGAAACGAGUCUGAAAAAUAUUUCAGGCUUAAUUAUUAGUAAAAAGAACUGUUCCAGAAAGAAGCCUGAUAAAUUUAAUGUAUAUGAGAAAUUGCUCCUUGAUAUUAGGCAUGAGAAAAUUCCUGUUGGCGAGAAAUCUUAUAAAUAUGAUCAAAAAGGGAAUGUCCUUAAUCAUUGCCAGGCUCUCACUCAGCCAAUUUUUGACCACCCGUUUCAGUAUAAUGAAAAUGGGCAAAGCCUCCAUGAGGAGGCAGCCUUUUUUACAAAUAAGAGAUCUCAGAUAGGAGAGACACUCUGUAAAUAUAAUGAAUGUGGAAGAACCUUUGUUGAAAGUUUAAAGUUCAACUUGUCUCAGAGAGCUCAUUUGGAAAUGGAACCAUAUGAAUGUGGUAUUUGUGGGAAGUCCUUCUGUAUGGAUUUAAGAUUUGGACAUCAGAGAGCUCUUACAGGGGGCAAUCCUUAUGAAUAUAAUGAAUACGGGGAAAUCUUCUGUGACAAUUCAACUUUCAUCAUCCAUCAGGGAGCUUACACAAAAAAGAUUCCCCGUGAAUAUAAAGUGAGUGACAAAACUUGGGAAAAGUCUGCUCUCUUUAAACAUCAUAUAGUGUACAUGGGGAAAAAACCCUAUGAUUACAAUGAAAAUGGGAAUAAUUUUAGUAAGAAAUCACAUCUCACCCAACUUCGGAGAGCUCACUCAGGAGAAAAAACCUUUGAAUGUAGUGAAUGUGGGAAAACCUUCUGGGAGAAGUCAAACCUCACUCAACAUCAGAGAACACACACAGGAGAGAAGCCCUAUGAAUGUACUGAAUGUGGGAAAGCCUUUUGCCAGAAACCUCAUCUUACCAACCAUCAGCGAACGCAUACAGGAGAAAAACCCUAUGAAUGUAAGCAGUGUGGAAAAACGUUCUGUGUGAAAUCAAACCUCACUGAACACCAGAGAACACACACAGGAGAGAAACCCUACGAAUGUAAUGCAUGUGGAAAAUCCUUCUGCCACAGGUCAGCCCUAACUGUCCAUCAAAGAACACACACAGGGGAGAAACCCUUUAUAUGUAAUGAAUGUGGAAAAUCCUUCUGUGUGAAGUCAAACCUCAUUGUACAUCAAAGAACUCACACAGGAGAGAAACCCUAUAAAUGUAAUGAAUGUGGGAAAACCUUCUGUGAAAAAUCAGCUCUCACUAAACAUCAGAGAACUCACACAGGGGAGAAACCCUAUGAGUGUGACGCAUGUGGGAAGACCUUUAGUCAGAGGUCAGUACUCACCAAACAUCAGAGAAUUCACACAAGGGCAAAAGCUCUUUCCACAUCCUGAAUGUUCAGAAGCCUUCAUACACCUGUCAAAUUUGUUGUACAAUUU